UCUGGUUUCAUAGAGUGGUUAUGAGUGGACAGAACACAAACUUUUUAAAGAACUGUAAUUUUAAAGAAUGUUUUUAUUGUGCCAUGCCAUACAUCAUUUCUCUGCAAACUGUCUCUUCAAUCAUCCUAAAUGAGUAAGAUGAACAUUAGUGCCUAAAUGAGUGAGAUGGAAACUAGUGCCAACCCACCAUCAUCCCCAGGGACUCCCAGGGAGGAUGGUGUAACCCAUGAAAGUAUCAGUUUUCCUGUUUCCUUGACCAAAUCCAUUCCAGGCACUGAGCUUUCUCAGAUGGCUGGUCCUCCUCUUUCCAGCUCUGACAGUGUAGAUCAACCACCAAAAUCGACCCCUUCUGCAACUCAUGAUAGUACAUCAAAACACACUAAAGUUAAAACCUCUAAUGUUCCAUUUAAACCAAUUACUGACAACCCAAUGACACCUACAUCUAACCCUGCAUUAUUUCAUAUUUCUAAAACUACUCCAGCUAUGCCAGCUCCAACACCAUCAUCAUCAACAUCGCUUGCAGGCUUUUCUUUUGAACCCUCUGCAGCACAAUUAUCUUCUCCCAAUGAUGCAAUGACGCCAAACAUCACCAUUUCUGCUGACCCUGCCCCAUCUACACCUCUCCCAGAGGGUUCUAAGUCUACCACCACAGCACCUGCAGUGGACACCAUUAAGCUGCCUCGUCAACGUAGCUUUUUGGCUGUAGCCAAGCAGGUGAUGAUGCAAGAGAAAAUAAGAAAGGCUGAGGAGCAGGCUAAAGCUGAAGAGUCAGAUGAUGCUGAUGAGGAUCUGCCUUUUGAGGAGCUACUGGAGAAAGCUGAGGCUGGAGAUCCCAAAGUACAGAGUAGACUUGGUAAAUACUACCUUAAACUGGGAGAAGAAAAAGACACAGAGGUAAAUGACCAUAUAGCUGUUGAAUGGCUGAUGAAAGCGGCAAAGCAAGGUCGGAUGGAUGCAGCCAAACUACUUCAGAAGUGCUGGAUCCAAAAGAAAGGCAUCACACCAGAGAAUGCCCAGGAGGUGAGAAGGCUCUCCUCAGAGAGCAAGUUUGAACAGGCAGUGAGGAGGGCUGCCAUGAUGAUGUACUGGAAACUCAAUCCUGACAAGAAGAAGAAAGUUGCAAUGUCUGAGAUGUUGGAGAACGUUAGCCAGGUCAAUGCUGUACCAGGUGAGCCUGCAGUAUGUGGCAUAACACCCACAGUACAAACUCAAAGGAAAAUCCUGGAAACCAUGGUAUCUAGAGAGUGUGGCUCUAAGUAUGUGGAUGUGGAAGAUUUUGUGGAGAUGACGAAAAAGUUCACAGAAGGAAUUGGGUGCACUCCCACAGUGAGCACCGCAGGUGUCGAUGCAAAGAGAAAAGAAGACACAUUAAGGAAAAGUCCUGGUGAUGGAGCCACAUUUGAUAAGGGAAAAAAUGAAUUGGCACCUGUCUCUCAUAAGCGCCUUCGAAAGACCAGCUGGGGAAUGGGAAGCAGUGGGAUGAUGCUGGCGACCAGACGCAGUGAUGCGAUGAAGAAAGCCCUGGAUAUAAAAGCUCACUUCUUGGGUCUCCAGUAUCCUCUCCACAUCAUUAUUGAGAUGAAGGAACAUUUAAUUGACUGGGCAUCUCGUGCUGGCGUACAGUGGCUGAGCACCAUCAUCCCUACGCAACACGUCAAUGCCCUUAUUUUCUUUUUCAUCAUCUCCAAUCUCACCAUUGAUCUGUUUGCAUUUGUCAUCCCUCUCCUCAUCUUCUAUCUCUCUUUUACCUCCAUGGCCAUCUGCACACUGAGAGUCUUCCAGAGCAGCAAAGGCUGGGACAACUUCCGUGCCUUAACUGCCCUCCUCACACGCUUCGAGCCAAGCCUGGAUGUAGAGCAAGCGGAGACCAACUUCGGCUGGAACAACCUGGAACAGUACCUCUACUUCAUGAUAUCUGUGUUCUUUGUGAUCUUCACUUUCCCAGUAGCCGAUAAAGGCUGGAUCCCAUGUUCAGAGCUCUCCACGGUGGCCAUCUUUUUCACGGUAUUGAGCUACAUGAGUCUGAGCCCAUCUGCAGCAGCUUAUGCGCGAAAGGCACUGAUCAUCGAGGUGGCAUCAUCUUUGUGUGCCCUGACCAGCAGGCUGCCCAAGGAGAUGGUGAUGGUCAGGAUGCUGGGGCAUAAUUUUGCAACAAUCCCUCUUGGAAAGUCAGUGGUGCUGGAGCUCAGUGUACCCUGUGUGCUCUACAUCUACCUGCUCUACCUGUUCUUCAGUAUGGCACGUAUGAGGGGAUUCAGAGGGACGUACUGCUUCCUGGUGCCUUACCUGGUCUGCUUUGUGUGGUGUGAGUUCUCUGUGGUUCUGCUCCGGAACUCAACCACUAUUGGUCUCAUUCGCACCUGUGUUGCUUACUUCCUCUUCCUGUUUGCGUUACCUGUCUUGGCUAUGGGUCUGGUAGCAAUGCUGUUGAUUCAGUUGGUUAAAUGGUUCCUGGAGCUGGAGUUGACUAAAAUGCUGGUAACGCUAGCAGUGUGUGCUGUGCCAGUGACACUGCGGCUUUGGACUCGAUUCAGCCUCUCCAUUCUCCAAGUCUUCCGCUCCAUCACCCACAGAGGCCCGGUAAAACUGAUCCUCCUAUGCAUCUCUACGUUGAUUUUACUCUGUGGGGUCUAUGUCUAUAAUGCUGAAGGUCUGAAGGUUUAUAACUCCACACUCACCUGGCAGAAAUAUGGUUCACUUUGUGGCCCACAUGCCUGGCAGGAUCGUGGCAUGGUUCAAACACAGCUCCUCUGCAGCCAUUUGGAAGGCCAUCGUGUCACCUGGACAGGAAUAUUUCGUAAUGUUCGCGUAGCUGAAACAGAAAACGGAGCUCAGUCUGUUAUAAGCAUGCUACCAGUGUUCAUGGGAGACUGGCUGCGAUGUCUCUAUGGUGAGGUUUACCCGAAGUGUGAACCAUGGAAUAAUACGUCUCCAGUUGUAAAUGUAACUGAAGGUGACUCAGCGCUUGUCAACACCACCAUGCUGUUCCUCCGACAAGAAGAGGAACAGCUCUGUCGAAUAAAAGCCUUUGCUAAACACCAAUGCCAUGUCAAACGCUUUGACAGUUACCGCUUUGAGGUGACGGUUGGCAUGCCUGUGGAUGAGGUCACGAAAAGUGAUGAUCUGGCAGGUGAUAUCAUCUUGAUGGCAAGUCAUGAGUUUAGACAGGUGCUCCUGAACCUCGACCCAGGCAGCAUGGUAGAAUUCAGCACGAAGCUGGGGGGCAGGUUGGGUGCCAAGCUACCAGCAUUUGAACUGAAAGCCAUACACUGUCUAGACUGCAGCUCGUCACUGGUGCCGGAGGGACGACAGGUCAAGAUUGAGCGCAACUGGAGAAAGACCAUGCUUAAAGCAAUUAAAUUUGCAUUUGACUUCUUUUUUGCUCCCUUCCUAUAUGCUAGAAUCAAUGUAUAAAGGAGAAUGCAG